ACAAUGACAAAACCAAGCGAUGCGUAACUUUGAGCAGGCCACGGGCAGCAAAUGACAACAGUGAACUCCAAACGACACAAAAACUGGAUGUUAUUUACAUCAAGUCGGCUUUAAAAUUUAUGUAACUCCGUUUUAAAUGUUUAGACGGCAAAUAGUGAUUAAGAUUAGCGCGCGAUAAAUUGGUAUUUACCUCAGAGAAUUACUCAUAAGUUCACUCAUAGGUGGUUAAUCGGCAUCGUGAUGUCUCGUUGUUAGAUUUUUUAUGCAUUAAAAGCUGUUUUCACUUUAUUCCUGCCAUGGUUAAUCUCAUUCAGGUUAAUAUUAAGUGGUAAAACAGGUAAAAAAGCGGGAAUGAACAUCACAGAAGUGGAAGAACACAUUAGCUCGAAGUAUGAAAUCAAGAGAAGGCUGGGGAAAGGGGCGUAUGGAAUUGUCUGGAAGGCCGUGGACAGAAAAAGUGGAGAGACUGUCGCUGUGAAGAAAAUCUUUGAUGCCUUUAGGAACAGAACAGACGCUCAGAGAACAUUCAGAGAAAUUAUGUUCCUCCAGGAGUUUGGAGAUCAUCCUAAUAUAAUAAAAUUACUAAACGUCAUCAGAGCCCAAAACGACAAAGAUAUUUACCUUAUAUUUGAAUUCAUGGACACAGACCUACAUGCAGUGAUAAAGAAAGGAAAUCUAUUAAAAGACAUUCAUAAGCGUUAUGUAAUGUACCAACUUCUUAAAGCAACAAAAUAUCUUCAUUCAGGCAAUGUCAUUCACAGAGACCAAAAGCCAUCCAACAUCUUAUUAGACUCAGAUUGCUUCGUGAAGCUGUGUGAUUUCGGUUUAGCGAGGUCUCUGUACCAAAUCCAAGAGGAUGCUGGGAAUCCUGCAUUAACAGAGUAUGUUGCAACACGAUGGUAUCGAGCUCCUGAAAUACUUCUGGGAUCCUCAAGGUACACAAAAGGUGUGGACAUGUGGAGUAUAGGAUGCAUCCUGGCAGAGAUGCUGCUGGGCAAACCACUGUUCCCUGGGACGUCUACCAUUAAUCAAAUAGAAAAAAUCAUGAACGUCAUUCCACAUCCUUCGACAGAGGAUGUGUUGGCCAUCAGAUCAGAGUACGGGGCGUCUGUGAUUCAGAGAAUGCUGCUUAGACCGCAGGUGCCAUUAGAUGAGAUUCUGCCGGCCUCAGUGCCACCUGAUGCCCUUGAUUUACUGCAACGCCUGCUGCUUUUCAAUCCAGACAAGAGACUCAGCGCGGAAGAAGCUCUGCGGCAUCCGUAUGUGUCCAAAUUUCACAACCCAUCCAGCGAGCCCAGUUUGCUCUAUGACGUCAUUUUGCCCGUGGAUGAUGACGUCCAGCUCUCCGUUACACAAUACAGAAACAAACUCUAUGAGAUGAUCGUGGAGAAAAGGGCCAGUCGACAAAUGCAGAAGCAGCCUCAUAUCAGGCAGAAGCUGGAGGAGAAGCCUGCGGAGGUGCAUGUGGACGGUGGAUUAACCAGAAGCAGUGAAGCAGGUGCUGUUUCUCAGAGGGAUCCUGACAGAAAAUCUCCCAGGGACAAGAAGAGCAUUAAUGGAGCCAAAGCUGUCAGCAGACCUGAGCAAACACACUCGUCUCCGGAAACCUCCUAUAACCCCAUCACACACAUGCCCAAUGGUUCAGUCAAACCUCCGUCUCAUCUGAGAUUAGUGAAGAGGAAUCAGGAGAGCGCUGGUGUUCUGCCUGCAGAGGGUGCUAACGGGCCUGUGGCUGCAGACCCACGCGGUCGAUCGGCUCCUGUUGGUCGCACACACUCUUUCUCUCUCACACUCGCGCAGCCACUGAAUAAUCCCCUGAUCCGCAAGGAUGAAGCCAUUGUUUCCCCCGGGCUGUGUGUCACCUCUGCAUGCUUGAACCACAGGCCUGUUUCUAAUUCCCGAGAUGCCAAGAUUCCUCCGCGGUUCAGCAAGAAGGUUUUCCAGAGUCAAGCCAAUGUUUCUGCAGCCGGAGAUCCAAGAGCCAAACUGGGCAGCUACUCUCAGGCCUACGGGACCAUCAGCAAGACCGGGCUGGACAGUCUGAUGAGGAACUGCAACUGAACGCACUGAAGUAAAUCAUUCAUUGGAUUUAAAACAUUUUGUUUAAGGUAAGAGGCUGCAAACAAUUUAUAUGGGCUGAAUUUAAACAAACAUAUGAACUUGAACAUUAUCACAUUUAAGUUGAUAGUUUAAAUUCAGCACACAUCAAUUGUUUGCCACCACUUACCUUAAAAAUAUUUGGUAAAUCCAAUGAAUCAUUAUUUUGGAUGGUCAUUGUCGUCUCCCAGAUGAAAACAAGCAUUCAUAGUCGUCACAUGCCAUUGUGGAAACUCAGAUUAGUGCUGCCAAUGACUUUAUUUUCUUCGAUUUCAAUUUAGGUGUCAACAUUUGGUUUGUAAAUAUGUGGUGAAAACGUUUAAUAAAUGUGUCGUGUGCA